AUGGACUGUGAAUUCAGCGGAGCUACACCUGCAACACUGGCAGAGUUCAACCUCGCUGGCGGAGUUGACAACAUGCAAACCUUUUACGAUAUUUCUCUCGUCGACGGCUACAAUAUCCCCAUGGGCAUCAACUACAUCCCUGCCAAGAACACCACCUUUAUCCCGCCGAAUCUUACAAACUGCGCUUGCAUCGCCACCACCGGCUGGGUAUUCCCGCCGACGAGCAACGGUACAGGCACCUUUUACUCCAACGUAACUUACCCGAUUCCUCUAGAGUCUGAAGAGACAAACGAAAGUGUUAGCGGGUGGUGUCCUUGGCUGAAUCUUGCUUUCCCUCCGACUCAUCCCGGAAAUGGCAUCUACCCCUAUCCUGAUGACAACGUUGAGCGGCCCGCCUUUGCUCCAUGCAACAGCGCCUGCGCAGCCACAGGCACAGACAAAGAUUGCUGCAUUGGCAAAUACCACGACCCCAAUAUUUGCAAGCCGUCACAGUAUAGCAAGUCAGUCAAGGCCGUGUGCCCCGAUGCCUACAGCUUCGCCUUUGAUGAUCAGCAAUCGACGUUUAUUAUUCCCAAGGGCGGAGGCUGGGAAGUUGUCAUGUGCCCCGAGGGACGGUCGACUGACAUUCUCCGCAAGCUGGGAGCUGAAAUGUUCGAGUUGGCGAGCGGCGGUAGAUUAUCGACACAUUCGCUCAAGAGACUCAGAAACGCGACGUAUAUCAGGGAAGAGCGGGGAUCCGCGGGUGCGACAAGAUCGUCGACUGCAGUACUGAUGGUCUUUGCUGUUGCUGCUUGUAUCUUGAUAAGAGCUUAA